CUAUCAAGCCAAGUUUUUAACUUAUAGUAUCUUGAUAAAUAAUUUUUAAAUUAUAAUAUUUUGAGAAAUAAUUUUUUUCCCGUAGCAUGAUGGUCAAUUUCCCCUUUUGUUGUCAAUUGGAUGCUUGCUCUCAUGACAGGGAAAUAAUGAAGGCAUAUAUGGAAGCACUUCAUGAAUUAGCAGUGAACAUAGGAGUGAAAUUAAUGGAGUGUUUCGUGGGCUCAACAUCAUCAUCAUCAGAAACCAGGGAUGAUUUAAAAGACUGGCGAUGCCAAUUUAAGAUCAACAAAUUCAACUGUAGCCCUCAGACUCUGGGGCUCGUAGGACUCAAAGAGCACACUGAUCCAGGCUUCAUCACUGUUCUUCAAGACGAUGAACAUGUUGGUGGCCUUGAAGUCUUCAACCCUUCCUUUGGUUCCUAUGUUGACGUCCCUCCCCAAUAUGGCACUUUCCCUGUUAAUCUUGGAGAUAUUGCUCAUGUAUGGAGCAAUGGAAGGUUUUUGACUGUGAAUCAUCGUGUGCUGUGCAAGGAAGGAAGGCCCAGAAUUUGCCCUCUGACGGCUAUCUUUGGACCAAAGAAUAAAGAUGUUGUAUUUGCAAAAGAGUUUGUGGACUGUGACCACCCAUGUCAGUUCGAGCCUUUCUAUUUCGAAGAUUACUUGGGGACACGUUGGUCCACAAAUUUGAGGGGUAGGGAAGCACUUGAUGCCUUGCGCAUUCACCCAUCAAAUACUGAAGAUCCAAGAUCUAAAGAUCAUCAACUUACUGGAGAAGUAGAUGAGUUGGAGAGAGAAAGAUAAUAAAUUUCCAAUCACUCGAAGGAAGGGAGA